AUGUACGACUUCAGGGAGUGCGAGGUGGUCGCGCGGCUGGGGGCCAGGCUGGUCGCUCCGUUGGGAGGCAAGUGCAUGACGCGGGACGAGUGGUCCACGAUCGACUACUUCCUGGUGGACCGCCGGCUGGAGGCUCAGGUCCUUGGCGUCGAGGUGAUGAACAAGUGGUCGUCGCGCCCGCGCAAGCAACGGCGCUUGCGCCUCCACGCGAAGCCUGUGGUGUCCUGGAUUCGGGAGCCAGUGGCGCCGACAACCCUCCCGAUGGGCUGUCCUAUUGGGUCUGAACGGAAUCCUGUGGGCUGGCCCGCGCUGGAGGCGUCGCCGCUGUCGCAGAAGGACCUGGACGGCGUCCACGCACAGGUGAUCACAGCGCUGGAGGUCCUGCAGCGCCACGACCUCGUCGGCGACGCCGGCGCGCGGUAUCGGGGCCGUGGCGAGGCCCUGCGGUGGCGCACAGUGCCCCAAUGGGCACCGCGCACAUGGGGACAUGCAUCGCAGUCGCGGCACGCCUUCCAUUUGCAGGCGCUCGAGGAUCUCUUGAGGGAGUUGUUCCACCUCGCCAGGCGCGCAGAGGCGCGGCCCCUGGAUGAGCCCCAGAGGCAGAGGCCAGGGUUGCUUCACGAGCGCCUCUUGCGGCGGGCCCGCUGGAUCCACGCCGACAUCGAGCGUGGCGAGGUCUCUCAGGUCGCCUUCGACUCGGCCAGCGACGAGAGAGGGCAGAUCGACGCCGUGCGGACGGUCAUCCAGGGCGCGGCAGGGCACGCCGGGCGCGGCGAUCAGGCUGCGGCGAGGGCGCAGCUGCGGCAGCGCUUCGAGGAGGCCUCAAUGGGCAAUGGGCAAUGCCGGCGGCCUGCAUCCGAUGACAAAGCAAAUGCGGAUGUGGCCAAGGGCAACGCUACGGCGGCCGAGCCCCGGGCCAUGUGCGAGGACGUGCAUGGCGUGCCACGCACCUGGUUGGAGGGGGCUGCAGAUGAUGAGCCGCUGCCUGUGCUGGACGGGCCUGCCAUGAGGAAUGUGACAGGGCGCUUCAAGGAGCGCACGGGGCUGGGCGUCGAGAACUGGAACCCUCGCGUCCUCCGCCACAGCUCCGCGGCGGCCGUGGACGCCUUCGCCCAACUCCUCAUGACGGUGGAGGCCUCCCCUCUGUGGCUGGCGCAGAUCAACCUCCUCGUCGACUUCAGGAUCCCGAAGGCCGCUGGCGGCCUCCGACCGAUCGGCAAGAUGCCGACGCUGGACCUUCAGGGAGGCCCUGACUGCGACGCCGCAGCGACGGUGCUCCUGGAUUUGGCGAAGUGCUUCGAAUGGGUGCGGCUGAAGCAUGUCUGGGCGCGGGGGCUGCGGCGGGGUUUUCCGAAGCGCGUCUUGCGCAUAAUGCUUGUGAGCUUCUCGGCGGCGCGCACGGUGGUACUAGGCGACUGCUACUCCAAUCUGGUGUCGGUGAUCUCUGCUAUCGUGCCGGGCUCGAGAUUCGCCAUGGCGGCCGCCCACCUUCUCAUGAUCGAGCCUUGCGACAUCACGCUCGCGAGGUGGCCCGUGGACUUGAGCAAAUGCGCUGACGACCUCGCCCUCGCCCAGUGUGGUGGUGCGGCCGAGGACGCAGAAGGCAUCGCAGAGGCUGUGACGUGGUUCGUGGGCUGCUUGCGCGACGAGCUCGAUCUCGAGGUCAGCCUCUCGCAAGGCAACGAGCUUGGCAAGUCCGCGGCACUGGGCACAUCGUGCUGGUUGGCGCGGGCGUUGCGCCUCCGCCUGCGGCGCCUGAGCAUCCGCGUGGCGCGAGAGUCUCGGCACCUGUGCCUGGACAGGCUCGGCGAGACGACCGACGCGCAGCGUGGCCUCGGGCGGCGGCCCGGGCUGCGGCCUGUGCGGCGGGGACGCUUGAAGGCCAUGGUCGACCGCUCCCGCCCGCUGAAGCGCGCCAAGGCUCAGGGGGCCGCAGUCUGGAAGGUGGCGAAGAUUGGCCUCAAGCCGGCAGCCAUCUACGGCCACAAAGCGCUGGCCCUCACCCCGCCCGAGGUCCAGCGGGCGCGGACGAUGGUCGGCCAGGCGCUGCUGGGCAAGACGCGCCUCAAGAGCACGUCACUUCGGCUCGCAUGCUUUGGCGAGGACCCAGGGGAUGCUGGGGUCGCCCCGUCCAUUAUGCAGGCGGCAUGGCGGAGGCAGCAGGUCGCGCUCCUCGGGGACGACGCCUGGAAGGGCCUGCGGGGCCCAGCCUCCUCCGUCAUCCUGACAGCGAGGGAGAUAGGCUGGACGUGGCCCGCUUGGGACACAUUCAUCACUAGGGAGGGCAUCCACAUCAACGUGCUGCAGGUGUGCCAGCGCGACGUCCUUGCGCAGGCGAAUUGGGACGCGAAGCGCGAGCAGUGGGCGCGCUGGAUCGCGGCCGAUGGGGAGAGGGCCAGCCUGACUGCGAUGCCUUUCAUCGAGCCGUUGCGGAGUUUCUGCGAUCAACAUCGCAGGCACUGGGGUGCAGGCAUGGCCUUCGCGUCGCAGGCGUGCAUGCGCGCCCUGGGCACGGCGCAGCACAGGCUCGGCGGGUGUCCAGGCUACUGGGUCCACCGCCAGGCCAUGCCUGCCACCUGGCAGUAUGCCAUCGAGACGAGCCUCGACAGGCUGCGCUGGGAUCGUGGCCUGACCGCCCACCCUGGGUGGAAGCGGCCCUUCACGCCACAAGUCGAGCGCAACAUCGACAGGGCCGAAUUGCAUGCCGUGGCCGUCGUCCUCGACCACGCGAUGCCGCCGCUGCGUGUGCAUGUCGAUCGGCAGUCGGUGCUCGACGGCAUCACCGCAGACAUCGGCCUCGGGCCCAACGGCAUCGAGUUCGGCAAAGUGAAGGCCCACCGCACGGACGCUCAGCUGCAGGGCGCGUCAGCUGCGGAGCGUCUGGUGGCCAUGGCCAAUCGCGGGGCUGACGCCUGGGCCGGCGAAGGCGCAGCCGGCGGAGGCAACGAGUGGCUGGCCUACGUCCAGCAGGCCUGGAAGGAGACGGCCGCCCAGGUCCGCUUCGCCUUGAACUUCCAAGCCGAGCUCGCAGAGCGCGUUUUCAGCACUGAGGACGACUGGCCAGACAUGCAGCCGCCGCCGCCGCGAGGCUCGCAGGCCCCGCGCAUCGGCCUGCAGCUGGUCGCGGAGUAG